AUGGUUCUAGUACAAGGACUGCCUCAGUCUAUAUUUGUGUUUGGAGUUACAAACCUGUUUAAUAAUACUGGCUGUAAAGUAAUUACCUUUUCAUUUAGGCUAUCUAGAUCCAUGUCCAUCUGCUUAACAUGUCUCAUGAGCUGCUUCCAAUAUGCCACACUUGCAUCUACAAAUCCAAAAUGGCUGUACUUAAAAAACAAAAUGCAGAUAUUUCUUAUUCCCAUCACAUUUUUUCUGAUAUUGAAUGUGGGCUACUGUCUAGUAAUCUUUCCAAAUAAAAUGUCAUUUCAAGCAAAUGGUUUCACAAUUUUUGCUCGAGAUCUUGUAUUUGUCAUUAUUAUGGUCCUAGCUAGUGCAAACAUUUUAUUACUUUUGUAUUUCCAUGGGAAACAGGCUACGCAGAUACGAAGUUCAAAACAAGAUCCUGAAAACACUAUGGAGAGGAAAGCCUCAGAGACUGUUGUGACAUUAGUUAGCUUAUAUGCACUAUUCUUUGGGAUUGAUACCACCAUCUGGCUUUAUCAAGCAGCCGUAUCCAGUGAAGUGCAAAUAGUGAUUUCGGAUAUCAGGAAUUUCUUUUCCACAUGUUAUGCUUCUGUGUUUCCAAUUGUUACCAUCAUCUUCAACAAAAAUAUUAACACUAAGGUAAAAUAUUCUAUUGGUAGACAGCAAAAUGAAUUACAGGAUAAAUCCUUUAUGCACAAUAUAUAA